AUGCGUAUUUUAAAUCCGGAUAAGCUGGAUAUGACUGCUAUGAAUCUUGAAGCGGUCGUUUGCCAUGAACCCGAUGAAUCAGAGCUGAAUCAUUUCAGUGAUAAUGGUAGUAAAAGCGUUGUCUAUCAACUUCUCGAUCAAAUCCGCAGCCAUGAGAAGAGUUCGGAACGUAGAGGCUUUAGUGAAAGGUUUCUGAGAUGGAGACGGAGAUAUCUUCCGGUUGGUGGAGAAAACAGACGUGACCACGGGUCAGGGAAACAGUCAGGACCCCUCGUGUCUGGAGCAGCUUACUGCAUCUCUUCCUGCAGCAUGAUCAUUAUGAACAAAAUUGUUCUCUCCAGCUAUAAUUUUAACGCAGGAAUCUCUUUGAUGUUAUAUCAAAACUUAAUCAGCUGUUUGGUGGUAGCUGUGCUGAAAUUCUCUGGAGUGGUUUCAGUGGAGAAACUUAACUGGAAGUUGAUCAGAGUAUGGAUGCCUGUCAAUGUUAUCUUUGUGGGCAUGCUGAUCUCAGGGAUGUACAGUUUGAAAUACAUAAACGUUGCUAUGGUGACUAUUCUGAAGAACGCAACGAAUAUUAUUACUGCGGUUGGGGAAUUAUACAUGUUCCGCAAAAGGCAGAACAACAAGGUUUGGGCUGCAAUGUUCAUGAUGAUCAUCUCUGCAAUCAGCGGAGGCAUCACGGAUCUCACUUUCAAUGCAGUGGGAUACACAUGGCAGAGUGCUAACUGCAUUCUAACCGCAAGUUAUUCACUUACUCUGCGCCGAGUCAUGGACAAAGCAAAACAGUCCACAAAAUCUGGGUCCCUUAAUGAGGUGUCAAUGGUGCUGCUGAAUAAUCUCUUGUCACUGCCUUUUGGCAUCAUCUUGAUCAUCUUGCUGGGUGAAUGGAGAUACGUAAUAAGCACGGAUGUGACAAAAGAUACAAUGUUUUGGGUAGUCGCAACAGCAAGCGGCUUCCUUGGUCUGGCCAUUAGUUUCACUUCGAUGUGGUUCUUGCAUCAAACUGGACCCACUACAUACAGCCUGGUGGGUUCAUUAAACAAGGUUCCGAUAUCAUUAUCUGGUCUUGUACUCUUCGAUGUCCCUCUCAGUCUCCCAAAUUUGUUCAGCAUACUUUUUGGUCUAUUUGCGGGAGUGUUCUUCGCCAGAGCUAAAAUGUCAUAACCUUAUUUCCAAGCCGGACUAGGACUGUUCAGAGGCUGAAGACAACAAAUAAACACACACAAAAUAGACAAGAAACUUGGAAUUUUUCUCGAUCUGCAGCUAAUAGUUUCAACUUUCAGCUUGGAAUGCAUUUUUUUAUUACAAGGUAGAAUAUAGUUAUUAAUAUAUAGAUAUGACUUCAAAAUUGUAUUUUUGGAAAUUUCAAUAUGCCUUAACCGCUUAACGGCUUAAGCAAAUUCCGCAUGAGAAAUCGAAUUC